AAUUUUCUAUAAAAUUGUUUAUAAGUAACAUAUAUGAUGUUAGUUGAUAAGGAGCAAGCAGACGUUUGCUUUGUAUAUAUCCAAGUAGAAGUGACCAUAAAUUCGUUCUCAUAUGACGAGGACAUUUAAAUGCAAGAAAUUGAAUUCGAUGAGAAUAUUGUUUAUAUUUUAGCUAUUAAACUACCAUUUAUGAAAAUUAUGGAACUAUACCGUGUAGCAUAUGUACGAGUAUGUUUAGUUUCUGUCUUCUUACAGGAUAUGAAGACGCAAUAUUAUUUCAUAAACGUCUAAUGAUCGAGAAAAAAUAUAUACGUAUAUAUAUACAUAUAUACAUACAUAUUCAUAUAAAAAGCAGCAAGGAAAUACUGUUUCUAAUGUUUCACUAAUAAAAUGCAAGAGUGAAAGUAUAUAGUAAAUAUGUAACUCUUAAAUGUUGGAGAACUCAAGAACUUUUAUGAAAUUAAACUACAUAGACUUAUUGAGUUGGCAACUAAGUGAUAGCGAAUUUUGUCAAUACCACCUAAAGACAAAAUCCGUAAUCACUUAGUUGCCAACCCAAUAUUCUGUAAAAGUCUAAGUAGUAUUUCCACAAGGAAAUCUGUUCUCUGAUAUUAAGAACUGUGGUUUCAUAUAUGUACAUUAACGUGUAUGUCACAAAUUCAAGAUGCGUCAUUUGUUUAAGUGAGAAAAAAAACAGAUCGCUCAAAGCAGGUUGUACAUUUUUGCCAGGAUGAUGCUUGUACAGUAUUUUUAAUUCAAUGUUUACAAAACCUGGCACUGAUCUGUUUUUUACCUUCGACUUUCGAUUAUAGUUACAGAAUACAUACAGUUCGUUAUUUUGCCCAGAUUUAUAUACAUCAUAUUAGCUUUAUUGUAAACUCGUUCCAAGUGAUCGUGUCAUAUGCGUCUCAUUAAUUUAUUGAGGCUCUUCUUUUAUCUUUAUUACAAUAUACUUCAAAAAUCAUCUUCUCAAAGUGUGUCGGUAUAUUUAUAACUUAGAUAUACUGGAGUGUUAUACAUUUUUAUUUUAAUUCUUUGUCGUAUUCUAUCUUUAAAAAGUUCUAUAUUUCUAAGUUUGUUUGAUCCAUAUAUCGCAAAGAGUUAAAUUUUUAAAAAAUUUUAUUUUGUAAAGUAUGCCUCAAUGGAUUUACUUUUUGAGAUCUAGUGUAUCUUUAAUAUUCUUCCGCUUUGCCUCAGAACAUUAUUUGACUCAUAGAGACUUAUAAAUAAAAAUUAAUAAGUAUUAAUAAGUAUUCACAUUAUAUAUUAAUGCGAACGGAAUAUAUGCAUUUGGAAAUAUGUAAUGCUCCGUAUUAGCUUUAUUGAUCUUCGGAGACAAACGGAAGAAUCAGAUUGUAUCUCAAAAAGUUAAUCUCCCAAUAUCUUUUACGAGAUGUACGUACAACUAUAAAAUCGUUGAAUACUCUUGAAAUUUGAAUACGUUAAAACAAACUUGAUCAGAUUAUGAUCAUUCUAUCGAGUAUUCUUUCCUUACAUAACAGCGAUACUUGACGACAUACUGGAGUAAAGGAUUUUUCUGUAAAAAAUUGUAGAAAUACUUCAAGACAUAUAAUAUAUAUUAGUCGUGUAAGUUUUUGGCAUGCUACUGAAAUGUAAAAACUGGGUGAAGAAUUUGCAGCCACGUACAUUCUGUGCUGCUCUAUUUCACUUUGCCCGCUUAUUAAUCAUGUAACGAGGUGUUUAUUUCUAUUAAGAACAAAAGCAACAAAGUGUGAUUACAUAACUAUAUUCAUCUAAAUCUAAUACUACUAGUUUAUAAUAAAUAUAUUUGUACUAAUUUUAAUCAUAAACUUUGUUGUUUUUAUUGCACUAUAAAUAUAAGUUAGAGGAAAGCAUAGUAUGUUAAUUUACAUUUUUUAAUUUGUAUUGCUUAAAAAAUAAUAAACUACUGUAUGACAGUGGCUUCAUGAAACUUUAAAAAAGCACAUUAAUACCGUUUAGUAAUUAAUUUUUAGUUUUAUUUGCAAGAAACAAUGAUUUUUGUAUAAAGAAAUAAUGUUAUAAAUAAUUUCGAAUUACUCUAGUAUUAACAUCAUCAUUUGUAUUACUAUUAAGUGUAAACUUAAAUACUUCAAAGUUCAAAUAAUAUUACACAGGACCUAUAUUAAUAGCUAUUUACAUUCUUCUGUUAUGAUUUGAAACAAAAGUAAAAAUGUGUCAUUUAUGUGAAUGCAUAUAUUACACAUCUUUUAUCAUUUUUUAAACUUUCUCUCAAGUUUUUAUUUAAUAUGAGUUAAGAAUACAUGUACAUACAUAUAGUAGAAUUUCAUAAAUUCUCUAUAUUAGUGACAUUAUUUAAUAAAAACGGAAAUUUCUUAUAAAAUGUUGUGCAAAAGUAUUGUGUAUUCCGUUCAAAAAAGUCCGAAACCUCGUCAACUUCAUCAUAUGCCAAAGGCACCAUUACCUGGAGAACCUGCAAAACCAUAUACGCUUACUGAAAUUCCUGGACCAAGGUCAGAAGCACUUCUCAAUGAAUUUUCUAAAAUUCAGCAAGUAGGCUCCAUUCAAUAUUUUGGAGACUACCAAAGAUCUGUUGGAAAUUACUUAGCAGAUAUUGAUGGAAAUGUUUUCUUAGAUAUGUUUAUGCAAUUAUCUACCCUUGCUCUUGGAUAUAAUCAUAGGUCAAUCCUUGGUGCAUUAUCUUGUGGAGGAAAUCAACGAGUAAUAGCAAACAGACCUGCAAUAGGAUUAUUUCCUGGUUUGGAGUGGCCGUGUAAAAUACAGGAUACAUUGCUUCAACCAUGUGUAGCUCCAAAAGGGUUACCAUGCAUUUUUACAGCCAUGUGUGGUGCUUGUUCAAUUGAGCAUGCUAUACAAAUGGCAUUCAUAAAAUAUGCAGAAAGACAUCGACGUGGCAAAGAUUUUACAGAGGAAGAAAAGGAAAGUGCGCCUUUUAAUAAACCACCUGGUUGUCCUGAAUUGUCUAUCCUUUCCUUUGAAGGAGGAUUUCAUGGUAGAACAUUUGGUGCACUGGCAUUAACACAUUAUAAGUACAUAAUGAAAAUUGAUAUACCUUCUCUUCAAUGGCCAAUUGCACCCUAUCCACAUUAUUUAUAUCCAUUGGAUCAGCAUGAAAAAGAAAAUAAAGAGGAAGAUGCUCGGUGCUUGGAACAAGUAGAGGAUUUAAUAGAACGAUAUGAAAAGAAUAUGCCAGUUGCUGGUAUCCUAGUUGAAGCAAUACAAUGUGAAGGAGGAGAUAGACAUGCUUCCCCAGACUUUUUUCUACAAUUACAAGACAUGUGUAAAAGUAGAUCUAUUCCUUUCAUAUUGGAUGAAAUACAAACAGGAGGUGGUGCAACAGGAAGAAUAUGGGCACAUGAAUAUUUUGAAUUAAACAUUCCUCCUGAUAUCGUUACAUUUAGUUACAAAAUGCAAGCUAGUGGAUUUUAUCAUUCUCCCGAAUACAUGCCCAAGCAACCAUAUAGAGUUUUUAAUGCAUGGAUGGGAGAUCCAAUCCAAAUUUUACUGUUAGAGGCAGUAUUACGAACCAUUGAAGCAGAAGACUUAUUAACUCAUGUAUGUUAUGUCGGCAAUUAUUUGCUUUGUCAACUAAACACCUUACAACAUGAAUUUUCGGAUAUUAUAAGUUCCGUACGAGGUAGAGGCUUUAUCAUUGCCUUUGAUACGAAAUGUAGGGAUAUGAAAAAGAAAUUAAUGCAUCUUUUACGUAAUAGAGGUAUACAAGUGGGCGAUUGUGGGACAAAAUCAAUUCGAUUAAGACCAUGUCUAAUAUUCGGAGAAUAUCAUGCCGAUAUCUUUUUAGAAAUUCUUCGCGAUUGCUUGCAAGAACUUGCAGAGUGCUGAUGUAUUUGUAAAUAUUAUAUUUUACUUAUUUAUUGUAUUAUACAUUUGUUAAAUAUAUACUUUAAUACAAAAAUAUACGUUUUAUAACAUUAUUAUAUGUAUGUAUAUAACAACUAAUUAUGAAGUAUAUUAUACGAUAGUAAUAAUAAUAACAGUUUGAGAGCGCACUUGCUGUCAUUACAUUCAAAUCUAAAUUCAAAUGAUAUUCAAACAUCGCGGCUAGUAGUCACAUAGUUCCAUUACCGAUCAAGGACCAAGAAUAUACAUAUUGUCUGUGUACAUAUAAAGGAGAUCGAUAUCAGUAUGGCGGUAAAGGAGCGGCUCCAUUCAGCGUGAUUGGAAAUAAAGAUUAUUAUGGCUCAGAUUUUACAUUACAUAACGGAAAAGUGCAUUUCCAUCGAAGUGCAUUUUUCGCGACGCCUAGUAGCAUUUUGAACGACCAUAAGUAUAGAACA